AUGUCAGAGCAAAAGUCAACGAAGCAGAAAAACGUGCUCGGAGGAGAUCUCACUUUCCACACAAAAGGCGAAGGAUUCUACAAAGAUGGCUACUGCCGAAGUGACCCAAAAGACGACGGUGGUCUAAGAGGGAACUUCUCAGUCGCAGCAACUCUCACCCACGGCUUCCUACAAAGUGAAUACGGCGACGAUCCUCCUUACAAAGGUCAUUCCGCCGGUCAAAAAAUGUGCAUCUCCGCCCGUGACUUCUUGUGUGCGAUGCRGGAAAUGGGACCUGAUGCUGGACCGAAAGUCGAUUUGCAGGCUACGCAUGAGAGGGCUUUGGAGGUGAUUAAGCUGCAGGAUUUGAAGAAGUAUGCUGGUUCGGCGGGUUCUAGAGUGCGAGGCGGAGCUCUUUGA